CGGAGCUAAUUUAUGUCUGGUCCUUCUAUUUCCGUCUCGGAACAGCCACAGUCUAAUUUGACGGAGAGACCAACUCAGUAAUAGAAAUGCAGGACCCGAACGAAGAUACUGAGUGGAAUGAUAUUCUCAGAAAAAAAGGUAUCCUCCCUCCUAAAGAGACUCCGAAGGAGGACAAAGAAGAGGAACAAAAUAUUCACCAACAGUCCAUUGUGAAGACCUAUGAGAAUAUGACUCUGGAGGAGCUAGAAGAGAAUGAGGAUGAGUUCAGUGAGGAGGAUGAGGCUGCCAUAGAGAUGUACAGGCAAAAGAGGCUUGCAGAGUGGAAAGCAAACCAGAUAAAAAAUGUGUUUGGUGAGGUGAAUGAAAUUUCUGGUCAGGACUACAUUCAGGAAGUGAACAAGGCUGGCAGUGGAAUCUGGGUGGUACUGCACCUCUACAAACAAGGCAUCCCUCUAUGCACACUCAUAAACCAGCACCUCUCGGAGUUGGCUCGAAAGUUCCCACAAACCAAAUUCCUGAAGUCCAUCUCAACAACAUGCAUCCCCAACUACCCCGACAGGAAUCUCCCCACUGUGUUCGUCUACUAUGAGGGAGAGAUGAAGGCCCAGUUCAUCGGCCCACUUGUUUUUGGGGGCAUGAACCUCAAGUGUGAUGAGUUGGAGUGGCGCCUGGCUGAGGCAGGUGCUGUGAAGACAGACCUGGAGGAAAAUCCACGGAAGCAGAUCCAGGAUCAGCUGCUGUCGUCCAUCAGGUGCUCCGUGCCCAGCCGCAGAGACAGUGACGAAUCUGACGAUGACUGAAUGCCUGGCUCACGGGUGCAUUCAGCCAGGGCCCACAGCUGAAGUGUGUGGUCCACCCCACCUCCACCCAGUGGUGUUUGAUACACAAGGAGUCAUGUUUCAGCAUGUUCCACACCCAAAAUGCAGCUGCUGACCUGAUUCUCCUGAAUAUAGUGUGCUGUGCACUUCUCACAGUGCUUAAGUCCUCUUUACUAUAGUCAGGCUUAUGUUCCCUCUAGUGGUGUUGACUAAGAACUGCACUUUGAAGCUAAGCCUGAUGAAGGAUUCUUGUUCCAAAGAUGCAAAAUUUCAAUUCAUCAUGAUUUUUAGGUCUGCUAACGGUUGACACCUUCCAGAAAUGCUAUUUGAAAGUGGUAUUUUAUUUAUGUCAUGUAUAUAUGAGUCAUUAUACAUGUUCCUCACCUAAACAGUUUUUAUACAAAUGGUCCCAUUGGUUAUUAUAAAAAUCCCUUGGAUUUCUGAUUUGUGUAUUGUCUACACAUUAUAAAUAUAGUAAACAUGACAUGUGACCUUAUAUUUCAAAUUAAAUGAGUAAAAACC